GCAAUAACUUAAUUUAAGGAAGUAAAGGCUGAAAUGGUUAGCCUAAGGAUGUCAAGUGUGAGAUGCUUGUGUAAGUUGAUGAGCACGCUGUUUUGUUAAAAAUCACAGAUUGAACCACUAGUUUAUUUGUGAGUAACUGUUGAAGAUACGUAUGGCUGUUUUCCUGAGUACCACCCUAGUGCUCCUUUUAGGAGUCCAAGGUGCCUGCUGCUUAUGGACAGUAAGCAAGAUAACAGCUAAAAGUGGGGGAUCCGUCACCAUUCCCUGUCACUACCAUCGUAUUCACAAGGACCUUCAAAAGUACUGGUGCAAAGGCAAGAACUGGUCAACCUGCAUGACAAUGCAACCUACCAACCCAAAGGAGAAGCGAACAGGCAUCAGUUUUCUCAACAUCCCAGAUGAACUGUUAACCACCAUGACACUGACAAACCUACGCAGCAGUGAUUCUAACCGUUAUUGGUGUGCGGCGAAGAUCGGAGGCCCUCUCCAACGAGAUAUAAAAACAGUUCUAGAACUUACCGUCACUGAGGGUAUUCCAGAUCUGUCUGUGGCCAGCAACAUGGUGUCUGGUCAAGAAAAUGGCAAUGUAACCGUCCAAUGUCUCUACAGUGAAACACUUAAAGACACUGAGAAAAAGUGGUGCAAAAGUGGACAAUUGCACUCCUGUCAAUCUGCUCAGGAUAUAGAGCUGUCCCCUGAUGCAGCUGUACAAAUAAAUGAUACAAAUGAUGGAGUAUUUACAGUUAUACUAACAGGACUGAAGAGGACAUAUUCAGGUUGGUACUGGUGUAUGGCCGGGGGAGUGCAGGCGCCAGUUCAUAUCAAUGUUACUUCAGUGCAAACCACUACGGAAGCCAACACAAGACUUUCCACAUUUACCAUGGUUCCACAGCUAACCUACAAUCCAAGUAACUCUGCUGUUCAUUCAACAACACAAUCAUCACCACCAUAUUCUGAUGUACACAGCCAUAAUUCAGUAGCAACAUUUUCAUCCACAACAUCAGAAUUGCCUGGAAGUACUUCCUUUCAGACUGAUAAAACUGGCCAAAUAUCCACAGCAUCACCAAAGCAGCUUUCUAAGAUACAAUCGUCAACAUAUUCAACUACAAUGGCGAACACAAAGGAAGACUCAUCUAAUAGUAGUAGUUCUAAAAGGACACAAGUAACCAGAGGAUCAGCAACUACAUCUGUGGGAAGUGAUUCUGCAAUGACUGUACCAUCUAAAUAUCUGACAUUUGGACCAAAAUCCACUUUUGAGUGCAGAAACCUUGUUUGGGUGCUUGCACUGGUUUGUGGGGGAUUGCUUCUAUUUAUAUUUGCAGGACUUUUGUGGAUAUUGAUUAAAUGGAAACAAGACACUAACACCAGAGAGGAGGCAACAGAAAUAACAACACAGUUCCUUGCAAAUGACAGAGAUGAUCUUCUAGAAAAUGAAUGGACCAGUACUUCAAUUGUCCAGUUCAGCACAGACUCAAACUCUAUUACAAUAACAUAACCUGUUAUUAACCAAGAAAAAAGGCUUAUUCCAUCCACUCCAUCUGUCGUCCUGGUAUUCGAGGUACUUCCUGGAAGAUCAUUUCUGUAGAAGUUAAAAAAAGUUUAACAAUUCAUGAAAGGUUUGAUGCAUCCAUUGUGUUUUUGUCUAGAUCAUAGCUUCAUUUUGGAAAUUGUUUUGUUGCGUAUUCCUAAUUUGUAAAUGCAAAUUUCUAUGUAAAUGCAUGUAGGACAACUUUGUAUUUUGGAACAAGAAGUUUUAAAUGUGUGCUUCUUCACUGCAAGCUGGCAUAAUGUAGUUUGAUUUCCUUUGCUUGUGUAUGAAGACUGAAAUGCCCAUUAAAGACAUUUAAAUAAACCUAGCAAACUAUUUUAAUAAAGCAAGCAAAAUUGCAACUGAGCAUGACAGUGAUCAGACUGUUGUGUGAAACACACGAUCACAAAUGAGUUUUGAGUGAAAUCAGUGUUGGUAAAUAACAGUGUUGUAGGCGAGAUGAUGUCAUCACUCGCAGCUAUCUCAUUCUUGAUAUCAAAAAUAGCCUUUGCAAUGAGUGAAAAUAGAAUUACUGAUAUCUUAAAUGUGA